AUGGGUACAAGCUUCACGUCAAUGGAUGACAGUCGCUCGUCAAACGGACCAGUCAAGACGGCCGGCAUGCAGCUCCGAGAAGUCGCUAGGCUGGCCAUUCAUGUACCUCCUGAACUCUCUCUCUCUUCUCGCAGGCAUGGAGAGCACCGACUCCGGCCUCCGCCCGCCAUCAUCAGCAGCAACAUCGACGCUGCGGCUUCCCAGGUUCGACAAUUGUCUGAUGAUUUGACAACUGGUCAGCAAAGGGGUGCGUGUGCAUGUGCGUGGAGGGCUCGCUCCCGCGUGAAACAUACCCGCGACGGCGCCAAUUCUGCUCGUGGUGGGCAGGCAGAGAGUUGUGGCGCAAUGGAACGCCGUCGACGCCAAGGCCAGCUGGGUGAGAGAGAGGGUUCAGGUGGCCACCAGGUGUGGUCGCCGCACUAUCCAAGGGGUCUCUACGUGAGUUUUACCAGACCAACUACUGUCACUUUUGGUGGCUACGUGUCUGUCAGGCACCCUUUUCUUCUCCGCCAUUGCGACAUCGGGAGAUUCCUGUUUCGUCAUUCACAGCUACCUUGCCCAACACCCUCGUCGUACUGUAGCGAGGAUAUCCUGGAAGUUGCUCGCGCAUCAACCGAGGCCUGGUCCAACUACGUCUUUUCUGGAGCAUUGGGCUCCAUUGGCGCGGUCUGUUGUCGACGUGCCUACUCUAGGGCUGCGUUUAUAUCCAAACCAUCUGGACUUCAGCACUCUCCCCGAUACCCCAAACGUCGUCCAUAUACAGCUCCAAGUACGAUCGAUUGCAGCAGCCCAACCCUUCUCUCGCACACCUGUCCCGCACACGCAGCUCUUCCUCGUGAAAUCCACGUCACGUAUCUCACCGCAGCCCUCGCCUCUGCCGAAUCUUGCGCUGCCAGUCUCCUGUCGCUCUGCAAGCCUACAAGCUGGCAAAUUACGCAACGCCGCCAGUCUCCCCAUUGGGGCAUCGGGCACUUGAGCCGCCCUUUACUUUUCAAAUCAAGGGCUUCAUAUCCUGGCGUGACCGCACCCGACCGCUUCAGACAGGCGCCCUUAACCGCGUCUGCACCUACCACCCUGCCUUCGUCGGGCAGCCGCGCACAAGGCUACGCCUACGCCUAUGGAGAGGGUUCCCAAUUCGCCUCGUCCAUUCAGCCCUCGGGGGUUUCGUACAGCGCACAAGAUUAUGCUUCCGAGCAGCAACAACAGGCGCAGCGACCCACACAACAAUAUACGCCAUACGGACAAAACGUCAUGUAUGGUGUGUCUGGCACCCAGGGCUCUGCGCCAGGGUCGUCACAUUAUGAGCCUGUGGAACCUUACCAGCAAAACAGGGACUCGGCGAUACAAGUUCUGAGCACCGGCUUUGGUGUCGCACCAGCAGCGCAGCCAUACUAUGAGGGUGGGCCCACGAGCGCGCCUGCGCCUUCAAGCGUUCCCUCACAAUUCUCAUCACUAGCAUAUACCGCAACGCAAACCCAUGCUGGGCGAGAAUCUCUCGCACCAGCUUACACCGCCUCUGGAAUGACAGACCCUCACUCCUCUACUCAAGGGAGCUAUUCUCAAGCUUUCAACGAGCCGCACGGCAGCGGCAACGAGUACGAUGACUUUUACAACAACUAUCAGACAGAACUGAAGAAGACGUUUGAGUGUGUGCGUGACAGCCGACUUAGUGAGGCCGGGUCUCAGCUGUACAGGCUGUCAGACUGGCUCUUGCAUUGGGCCGAGACACUGGGCCUAGUGCGCGACGACGAGACACACUACCAGCAGCGGCUGAAGCUAUGGGAGGAAUUCAAUACGUGCUGGCUCGCCACGCUGCAGAAGCAGAAAACAGCCACGCAAGAUAUGAUCAGCACAGGACAGCGCCCUCAACCGCCACAGUCUCUUAUUGAUUACGACACACUUGAGAAGAUGGGUACACAGCUAGUCAAAAACUGUGAUGCCAUGGAGAAGCACGGCCUCGUAGACUACCAAAUGGGCGUAUGGGAGGAGGAGAUUGUCGCCAUGUUAACUUCCUGCCUCGACCUCCUUGAAGAAGCUGGUGGUGGCUCUUCCGCACAGCGCCCUACCUCGACAGCACGCAGACGCUGA